AUGAGGGGUUCCACUCAAGGCAACGAAGGAAGACGAGGAAGUGACCGAGGAAGAGGUGGUGGGCACCGAGGAGGAGGUGGUGGAAGCCGUGGAAGUGGUGGGGACCGAGGAAGAGGUGGUGGAAGCCGUGGAAGUGGUGGAGACCGAGGAGGACGUGGUGGGGACCGAGGAAGAGGUGGUGGAAGCCGUGGAAGAGGUCGCGGUGGAGGAUUUAUUGGGGGUGAUUCCCGCAUGAAUCAAACAAGGGAAAAAGAUGCUAUAAUGGAUUUUGCGAACGAAACAUUUGAUUGCCCAUUGGAGGCAAAUACGAAUUUAUUCCCACUGGAUAUUGAUAAUAGGAAAAAAAUUUAUAUACAUAUUGUUUCUUAUGAAAUGAAGGGGGGUGCUGGUGAUUUGCAAGAUCGUUUAAAGAUAAAGGCUUGUGAAGAAAUGCUGAAAAAGAUGAAAAAAGAAAUUAAUGAUCAAGGUUCAUUUGAUUUUGAUAUCUGUAUAUGUACAGGACAAAGUAUUCUAUCUCCCCAACCAUUGCCAGUUGAGGAAUACUCAUUUGGUUUUGAAGUUAAAGGAAGGAAGGGAAAGACAACCCAAUUUUAUCAAUUAACAGUUGCCAAAAAAGAUUGUAUUACUCUCGACAUUGAUAAACAUAGGACAGAAAUAAACUCUAUUAUUGGUAAAGCUGUAAAAACAUGUUACAGAGAUAAAAUUGGAGAAAAAUAUAUUGAUAUUAAUGGGAAUGGAACCACUGUAGGUUCCAGGAUUGCUACCUUUGAUGGGGUUAUUCCUAAGGUAUUUGCAACAACUAUAAGAGGGAAAAAAAGAACAAUAUUACAGAUUGAUAUUUCUGUUACCGUCGCUUCAACACGAAAUUGUCUAACGGUAAUAGAAGAACUAAAAAGAAGUGAUUCUAGAGUAAUUGAUAGAUUAAUAAUUGAAAAAUUUAUUAAAAAAAAGGUUUGCACCAUAUAUAAUGCUUCUCGGGGAAGUAUCUAUACCGUCAGUGGAAUUAGCGACAAAAAAGCAAAAGAUGCAACAGGAUUAAAGGGAAAUCCUGAACAAACAUAUGUUCAGUAUUUUGCUGAACGAUACAGGAUGCAGAUAAACCCAGAACAGACUUUAUUUGAAUGUAAAACAUCGUCCGGUAGAAAGGUUUUUAUUCCCCCUGAAGUUUUAUACGAGUUAUCUAUUGAUGAGAAAGACAGACGUCAGCUACCUCUUUUAUGUUCUAUAUAUCCUGAUGAUCGUCGAAAACGUGUUGCUGAUGUCUUAAAGAGACUUAAGACAGAAGAAAAUGGAGCUGCCAUAAAUAUUUUAAAAAAAUAUGGUAUUUCUUUUUCUGAUAAAGAAUUACUUGUCAGUGGCUAUGUACUUGGUCCUGUGGAAAUUUUAAUUCCACGAGAUCAGGGAUAUAAGUCCGUACAAACCCUUGGGGAGUGUAAUCAACAAGGUUUUUUAAAAGAACUUCAGGUGUUACAUCAUCCAGGAGAUCGACGCUCUUUGGAUGUCGUUAUUUAUGAUGAGACAAACCGAGGCGGAACCGUGUUAAACAUCAUUAAGAAAAAUUUGGAUUCUAUUAAUUCGCCUGUACGACUAGAAAAUGUGUAUCAUGUGAAAAAUAUUAAAGAUGCCAAGGGGUUUUCAUAUAAAAAAAUGAUGGCCUUUGCUUUUUUUCGUCAAAAUGGAAAAGAGAAUUAUCAAUCUCUAAAGUCUAUAUGGACAAAAAAAGAUAUUUUCAGUCAAAUGAUUGUUAAAGACUUAACAGAAUAUCGAGAGGCAUCCAUAGUAAAGGCUGUCUCUCAGCAAGUUUCAGCAAAACAAGGAAAAUUAAACUGGGUUAUGGAUAUUGCAAAAUGCUGCCCAUUACUUACCCAAAAAAUGGAUAGUAAUAAUGGAUUACUUAUAAUUGCAGGGGAUAUUGGACGAGAUCAGGUAAACGUUAGGUUCGAAAAAUCAACAAUGAGAGAAUCAAUAUAUACAGUUGCUUUUGUUGCUUUUUUUGUACGUGGAAAAGACUGGAUAACGUACUGUAACCAUUAUCAUGUUAAUGGAAAAAAAGAAACAAUUUUUUCAAGUGGUCAAGAUGCGAAAAGUUCGCAGCUUUCUGGAGGUGUAUUAAUUCCUUCAGAAGUACUUUCUGAAAAAAUGGAAAAUUUUAUACAAGAUGCCCAAAAACACUUUAAUCAAAUGGGUCUCAAGGUUUCAGCCCUCUUAUUUUUGCGUGGAUGUGCUUCUGAAGGAGAAAUGAUAAAUGCGCAACAACAUGAUGUUGAUUUUUUAAGUGCAUAUUUAAAAGACAAUGUUGCAUGGGCUGCUGUGGCAGCUCAGCGUUAUGUACACACUAGAUUAAGCGCAAAAACUCCAGGGAAUCCUUCAUUGUUAUGUAAUGUACCACGGGGAUUUGUAACAAGUGAAGGAACAGAUAAAAGGUUUGGAGAAUCAUUUUUUCUUAAUGGUGCGAAUUGCACUCUGGGACACGCACGUUCCACACUAUAUGUUGUUUUUGGAAGAAAAAACAUUUUUGAACUCUCUGAAUUACAGAAACUCAUUUAUGGAAUGUGUUUUCUGUACCCUAAUAAAACCGAUGCUCUUCCACUUCCUCUUCCGUUAAAGUGUGCUUCAGAGUAUGCAAGAAAAUUUGUUCCACUACGAGAAGUUGAAACAUUACCGCAGUCUUUGAGGACAACUAUGCACUACCUCUAG